AUGGGGCCCCCGGGCAAUAGGGGAUAAUGGGGCCCCUGUGUCCUUGCCCAAACUCAAAAAAGCCUAAGAAAAAGGUACCAGGGGCAUCUGAUGGGGUCCCCUACUGACCCCGGGCCCUCAAGCAAAAUCCCUCCAAGAGAUGUAUCGUUUCCAAUGCAGGAAAUAGAUAUAUAGCCAAAUGCAGGGGCGGACUGGCAACUCAUGGGGCCCCGGGCAAUAGGGGAUCAUGGGGCCCCUGUGUCCUUGCCCAAACUCAAAAAAGCCUAUGAAAAAGGUAUCAGGGGCAUCUCAUGGGGCCCCCUACUGACCCCGGGCCCUCGGGCAGUGCCCGAGUUUCCAAAUGGUCAGUCCGCCCCUGGCUAAAUGACAUCCACAGCGACUGGGCUCUAUAU